UACAAAACUCAAAACCAUACUCUACACACUACUUAUAACAACCAGCCAAGAAAGAACAAUGAAAACUAAUCUAGCAUUUCUUUUCCUUUUGAUGCUCAUCAAAAGCCACCACUUUUUGAAAUUACCUUCCGGUUUUCACAAAUGCGACACACGAGAGUCCGAUUUCGACCGCUGUUUGUCCCAAGCUAUUCAGGGUGCCAUCGAACAGUUAAAAGAACCAAUUGACGACUAUGGUUUGCCCCAAAUGGAACCGUUUACAGCGCCUGAAUCGGCACGUUGCGAACUGGGGAACGAAACUGACGGCAUACGACAAAAAUAUUACAAUUAUAAAAUUUCGGGAUUGACGAAAAUCGUAAAAACAGACGCAAAGUUAGACUACGGCAAACGUACUUUGACGUUAACCCUUUUUUAUAACAAAAAUGUUACUUUUGCGUUUGAUUACCAGAUGGUUGGGAGAAUAAUUGUAUUGUAUGUUAAUAGCACGACUACAGCCACUUCCACAAUAAUAAAACCUACGUUUAAACUUACAUUCAUGCUGGAGGAAUACAAUAAAAACGACGAAAAGUAUCUCAAAGUAGUUGAUACUGUCUUCAGAAUGGAGGGAAAAACGGGAGCGGUAGUUUUCAAAAACUUGUUCAACAACACGCGGCUUAAUGAAGAUAUAAAUAUCGCGAUUUCGGAAAACUGGGAAGAUAGUCUUGAGUACUGGCAGAAAUCAUUUCCGAAAGUGUUUUCAAUUCCGUUUGAAAACAUAUUUAACAAGCUGCUGGAACAAGUGCCAGUUACAGAAUUAAUCGACGGUUUAGAGUAACUAAUAAUAAAUAUGGUUUUAUUAUUAUUAUUCAUAUUUUUCAUUAAAAAGGUUAUUAUACCAAACUACAACAAAUAUAUAGCAUUUUAUAAAAAAAUUA